CUGAUUGAUUGCAACACUGCUGGGAGCUGGUAAAAGCUGCAAAAACAGAGUAAGCGGAGGUAUAUCCGAGCAAGGAAUGUGCAUUUUGGAUGUCAUCCUACACUGCAGACUGCUUUGUAGCAGAAUUGUGCAGGGAGAUACUGCAGGACCCCUACAAGGGCAAAGGGUGAUGCCAUGCACAGGAUAUGCAAUGUAUUGAAGAUGCAAAGGAGGAUAAUGACAGAAGGAUGGUUCAUUGUUAAGAAGGCCUCACUGCACUGAAACAGCAUGGACUCCGUUGUCUCGCUAGCUGUCUACAUUGUUAUCGAGGUCUUGAUAGCAUUGGUAUCUGUUCUGGGGAAUAUCCUGGUGAUAUGGGCUGUAAUUGUGAACCAUGCCCUGAGAGACACCACAUUCUUUUUUAUUGUGUCACUCGCUGUGGCUGAUAUUGCGGUCGGUGCCCUGGUUAUCCCACUGGCUAUCACAAUCAGCAUUGGACUGAAGACCGAAUUUUACAGUUGUCUGAUGGGGGCCUGUGUUGUGCUCAUCCUCACCCAGAGCUCUAUAUUAGCACUGCUGGCCAUUGCUGUAGACAGGUAUCUCCGAGUCAAGAUCCCAACAAGUUACAGAAGCGUUGUCACCGCAAGAAGAGCUGCCAUGGCAAUAACCGGAUGUUGGGUUUUAUCUUUCAUCAUCGGCAUGGUUCCUAUGUUUGGAUGGAACAAUAUAAACAAUGCAAGAGAAUCACAUAACAUUAGUAAUGGGGAAAUUAUCAUAACAUGUCAGUUUGAAACCGUAAUCAGCAUGGAAUAUAUGGUGUACUUUAACUUUUUUGUCUGGGUACUUCCUCCACUUUUUUUAAUGCUUAUUGUUUAUUUAGAAGUAUUCAACCUAAUUCAAAAACAACUCAGCAAAAAAGUUUCUUCCACUUCUAAAGACCCACAUAAAUACUAUGGGAAAGAGCUUAAAAUUGCGAAAUCCUUAGCACUAAUACUUUUGUUAUUUGCUUUAAGUUGGCUACCUCUACACACGCUAAACUGUAUCACUCUGUUCUGCCGCACUUGCGAAAAACCCAUGAUAAUCACUUAUAUUGCCAUCUUCUUAUCACAUGGAAACUCUGCAAUGAAUCCGAUAGUGUACGCCUUUCGGAUUGAAAAAUUCCAAACUACAUUUUUGUACAUCUGGAAAAAAUAUUUCUGCUGCAAAACUGGCAGGGCUCUUGAAAGAGCAAGCACUAUAGUCAUUGAGUCAGCCUCAAAAAAUAUACUAUAAAAAUGUAAAAUAAAAAGGAUUUUUUUAAUGCAAUGAUAUUCAAAAGAAACAACUCAAUAACCAGUAUUUGUUCAAAUGUCCAUUUUACCAAUAAACUGCUGUCAGUAUAUGAUAUGUCUA